AAAAAUUCUUUCUGAGCCUGCUUGCUGUGCCAGACUACAGGCUCAAACUAGAUUGCAUGAUUCUAAAAGAAGAGCUGGAUGCUGCCUUUGAAACACUGCUACCUCAAAUCGAUACUGUCAUCAAUGCAUGUGUUGAAAUAAAGCGAAGCGAAGCGCUACCAAAAAUUUUCUGCAUGCUGGUACAAAUUGGCAACUUCUUGAACGCCAAUGCUUCGUUUGGUAAUGCUGCGGGAUUCAAGCUGAACUCGCUAUGGAAAAUCCUGGAUGUGAAAGCAGCGCAGAAGAGCAUCACGCUUCUUCAUUUUAUUUCAAUGGUUCGUUUCGGCAUACAAAUGUGAAA